CCAAAAUUCGACAACACGUCAACGAACAACGAACUCUUUGGAAGUACUUUGGCUAAGCAAUUCCUUCCUGCAACGGCACUACCAAUGAUCCAAACGAUGCAACAGCAGCAACAGCAGCAGCAACAGCAGCAACAACUAACCCAAGUUCAGACACCAAUCCAGCAGCAAUCGUGCAGAUGCGAGUUCUGCGAGUAUCUCCAGGCCAACCGUAUCUCCCUCACCGGAGAUCACUCCUUUCAGUGUGAGUUUUGUGGGGAAGGUUUUUCCAACCAAAACAGCUACAAUCGGCACCGGUGCGGUAGCACCGACAUACAGGUGUACCGUUGUGAAAGCUGUCGCCAUGAGUACGGUACCUCGCGGACAAUGCCCACGAUCAACAGCGGUGAACCUCGUGACAAAUGUGAUAUCUGCAAUCGGAAUUUCGAUCAUUCGAUGCUAGAGGAUCAUGGGAGCUGUGGACCGGUACCUCCACCGCUGCAAGCCCCGCCACCACCGCCACCUAUCAGCAACUCAUUAGCAUCAAUUGAAACAGUGCCAACGAUGGGUGCAGUAGCUGUACCUCCUCCCAUUGGGACCGCCAACAGCAGUGGCGUUGGGAAUGGUAACACCAACAACCUUCCCGCUAGCAAAUCAUAUAACGUACCGAUCCUUUUGGCAUCGGUUUCCUCCACAUCACCAGCGGGAACGUUUCGAGAUACAUCCAAUGGGGGAACCAGCGAUCUCAGUGCUGCUGCUAGUGUCCGUUCGAUUGCCGACAGUCCGAUGGAGCACGAUAUCGGUACGCUGGAUCCGUUCGGAUCGGACAGUGAGUGCAUUAGUGAAUACCUUGGCCACGAAUCCAUGUCAUCCGGUGCGUACGCCACGACGUAUUGCACUGGCAGAAAGAUGGAAUGCUCGCUGAGCGAAUCUUCCGGCACCAAUCCGGGCUCUUUACUACCGGAAUCAGCCAAAACUUACUUCGUGCUCGGUAAUGUCGAGCUCCAGCAAGCAGUACAACCGACCACCAACAAUAACUCCGACAUACCGGCGACACCAGUGUCUCAGCACAGCAUUAGCGCCACCACCGGUUAUCACCAUCGGCACAUGGCACUACAGCAGCAAACAGUUCCUCCACCACUUCACCACCAUCACCAGCAACCACCUCCCUUGUCUUUGCCUAAUCUGCUGCAUCACUUGGCACCCAAAGAGUACGAGGUAACGAGCCUCCAGCAGUACGAUGAUCAGCACUACGACGAUGAAGACUACUCCACCAUGUCCGAAGAUGAAGCUAUUGUUCCAACAGAACCUUAUGCGAAAUCACCCAAUCAGGACCACGCCAAAACGGAACUCCCAAUACAGGAUACGAUCGUGGACACGAGCACCAAGACGUUGCUGCCCCCUCCGGUCACUACCGGUCAUCUGGGCAGCACGACAAAUCACUACACAAUGCACGAGCUAAAGCCACCGAUGGCGCUGGGUGCUCUAGGACCGAUUGGACCACCGGCGCGCUGUGUUGACGAGGAGGAGGGAGGCAAAUGUGACUCAUCGUCCUCACUCAGGGCAGUGGGAGGUCUGGCGCAAAAAUCCAACGUCGCAGGAGGGCUCCAGGAAGGGGGCGCUUCCCGCGUUGGAUCGACCGAUCGUCCGCACAAGUGUCAUAUCUGUGAGCGUUCGUAUCGGAAUCAGAAGAACCUCAAGUCACACCUGAAGGUGCACGAGGGCAUACGGGCGUAUCAGUGUGAAAUAUGUGGAAAGAAUUUUUCCGGUUCCAGCUACCUGGUCAUUCACCGGAGGCGCCACACCGGCGAACGGCCCUUCAAGUGUUCCACCUGUGGCAAAGCGUUCGUCGAUUCGCGUGCCCUCGCCGUCCACACGCGGCUACACAGUGGCGAACGGUUAAAGUGUGAAAAGUGCGAAAAGACGUUCUCCAGCGUCAGUGCACUCACCGUCCACAACCGGCUGCACACGGGCAUUCAUCCUUACAAAUGCGAACUGUGCAGCAAAACGUUCCCUCAGUACAACAACUUGAAGCACCACAUGAAGAAGCACGACCAGCCGGGGCCGACCGAGAAAAAGGCGUCCUCAAAUGGCCUGUGUGCAACGAGCAAUAGUAGCAACACCACCAGCAGCAGCAGCAGCAGCAGCAACUACUCAUCGGUGUCCAGUAGUGCAGUGGAGGGACAGAUGCACGAUCCUGUGGCUGCGUUGUCCAGUGUUGCUACAGUUGCACCCGUACCACAGCCUACUCAAGCGAUGGUACCCAGCUCGACCACCAGCAACAUGUUUGACUUCAAAUGCCACAUCUGUAGUAAGCUGUACAAAUCAUCCGCCGAGCUGCAAGACCAUCUUAGUCAGCACAGCAAAGAGCGACCGAAUCAGUGUGAAUUCUGCUCGAAGGUAUUCCCACGGUCCUCGCAUCUGAUCAUCCACCGGCGGCGUCACACCGGUGAGCGGCCGUUCAAGUGCAAAUACUGUGACAAAGCGUUCGUCGAUUCGCGGGCCCUCUCGGUGCACACGCGACUCCACACCGGGGAGCGCGUAAAGUGCGAAAUUUGUGAGAAAACAUUUGCCAGCUCCAGUGGACUGAUCGUCCACCGACGCAUUCACACCGGCAUCCAUCCGUACAAGUGUGACUAUUGUGACAAAUCGUUCGCCCAAUCCACAGCCCUCAAGUAUCAUCUGAAGAAGCACGAUACUUCCUCUUUGCCAACGACCACUAGCGUUGCCGCUGGCGUGGUUGCUACGGUUGCUACGGGUGAUGCUGCUGGUACUGCCACAAGCAGUGCCUCUAUCGGAAGCUCAUCCACUCAGCAGACGAUACCGGUCAGCAACGGCGCUGGUGAGGCAACCGGUGGAAACGAUCGGUACAAAUGUCUCACGUGUGGGAAGCUGUUCCGUUCCUCGGAAUAUCUGGUGCGCCAUCGGCGUACACACAGCGGAGAGCGUCCGUAUCAGUGCGAGAUCUGCGGGAAACACUUUUCCACCAUGAGCUAUCUAGUCAUCCACCGGCGUCGCCAUACCUCGGAGCGACCGUACAAAUGCACCUCUUGUGAGAAAGCGUUCGUGGAUUCGCGCGCACUCCAGGAACACGCCCGGCUCCAUACCGGUGAUCGUGUCAAGUGUGAAAUAUGCCAAAAAACCUACUCCAGCGUGAGCAAUUUGAUCGUGCACCGGCGCAUCCACAGCGGGAUACAUCCGUUCGAGUGUGGUAGCUGCGGUAAAUCGUUCGCCCAAAAGAACGCCCUCAAGUAUCACUUGAAAAAACACAACAAACCAGCGGAGCCGACGCCGAAAAACGAAUAG